UUUCUGACCGAGCACCGGGACGGGAGGGUGAUGAGGUAGACUCGGACUCUUUUUACUCGGUUAUCUACGAAAACGAAACAGUUGAGCGGCUUCGCGGGGACAUAUUUGUAUACUAAAGGAACUCGGGUCUGGCUGUAUUCAGAGAGAGAGGGGAGACAUUUCGUCGUGUUUUAAAAGACUGUGGAUACUGGAGGAAAGUUUAAAGCCCUGCGCUGCCCAGGGGGAAAGGUGAGACGGGUGCGACUCUGACUUUCUCUGGCUGACCUGUUUGUUAACGACAGUAUAAGGUGGCUUUCAUUAAAAAACAAACACUUAUAUGAUUUUAUCUACUCGUACACUUGUGUUGUUUCGCUGUCCAGCAACUCCAUUUAGCAGCAUGUCUGACAAGUGUCGCGCUGUGUAACCAGUUCAUCCAGCUCGGCGGAGUUUCGACUGCUGCUGCUUGACUUCCAGAUUGACUUCCAGGUAAACGGCUGGCGAGGUCUGCCACUCUUCCAAAGCACCCCAGAAAAAAAUAAAUAAAAAAAGCCGUUUAACAAUAAUGGCUGGUUUGAGCAAUGUCCACAUGAAGACCUUGGAGGACCUGACGCUGGACUCUGGCUACGGGGCGGGGGACUCCUGUAAAUCCCUCAGCCUGUCCUCCUCCAAGUCAAACUCCCAGGCUUUCAUGACGGCCCCUCACCGGGGCAACUGGUGGUACUACUCCGGCUCCAUGAACAGCAGGAACAACAGCUGGGACACGGUCAACACUGUCCUCCCCGAAGACCCGGAGGACAUCUUCUCCAAGUGCCCCCGCUUACCUGAGCUGGAAGAGUUCCCCUGGACCGAAGAGGAGGUGGCCAAGGUUCUGCGCAAAGUGGCCGAGAGUGGGUGCGCUAAAGGGGGACCUGCACCUGUGUUCUCUCCGGAGGCCGUGAGGCGGCUGUCCGGUCUCCUCCGCAGGGCUCUGAUCCGGAUCUCCAGAGAGGCGCAGCGGCUCAGCGUCAUGCACUGCCGCUGCACACGCUUCGAGGUCCAGAGCGCCAUGAGGCUGGUGCUCAGCUGGGCCCUGGCCGACCACUGCGUCUCUGCCACGGUCAAGGCCAUCUCCAUGUAUAGUAUGAGUGCCGGGGAGCUGCUGAGGAAGGGCAAGUCCGCCCGCUGCGGCCUCUCCUUCUCCGUGGGACGCUUCUUCCGCUGGAUGGUGGAUACCCGCAUCUCCGUGCGCAUCCACGAGUAUGCAGCUAUAUGCCUGACCGCAUGCAUGGAAGCUCUGGUGGAGGAGAUAGGAGCCAGGGUGCUGAUGGCCGAGAGGGGUCAUUCGGGGCCGGAUCUGGGGUCAGCAUGCGCCCCAGUGAGUGCAGAGGCCCUGGAAGGGGUCGUGAACAAUGAUGCGGAGCUGUGGGGAGUCCUGCAGCACUAUGAGCACCUGAUCUGCGGGAAGAACGCCAAUGGUGUUUUGUCUCUCCCGGCCCAUUUCAGCCCCUACACAGAGAACCAGCAGACAUCUGUGGACAGCAGGGAGGAUGCCUAUGCCCAGCUGGAGCUGAGGACGCUGGAACAGUCCCUGCUGGCCACCUGUGUGGGCAGCAUCUCUGAACUCAGUGACUUGGUGUCCCGUGCAAUGCACCACAUGCAGCGCCUCAGUUCAGUGCGCCCAGGACUGAGCCCAGCCCGUCACGCCCGUCCCCAGCAGCCCGUGUCCUGGUCGCCGGACGCCCUCCACACCCUUUACUACUUCCUGCGCUGCCCACAAAUGGAGUCCAUGGAGAAUCCCAAUUUAGAUCCCCCACGCAUGGCACUUAGCAAGGAGAGGCCAUUCCUGUUGCUGCCACCUCUGAUGGAGUGGAUGAGAGUGGCCAUAGUUCAUGCUGAGCAUCGCAAGAGUCUACUGGUGGACAGUGACGAUGUCAGACAGACCGCCAGGCUACUCCUUCCAGGACUGGACUGUGAACCAAGACAGCUGAAGCCUGAAUGUUGCUUUAGCUCCUUCAAGCGUCUGGACUCCAAAGCUGCCACAGACAAGUUCCAUUUAGAUUUAGGUUUUCGUAUGCUCAACUGCGGACGCACAGAUCUCAUUGGCCAAGCCAUCGAUCUGCUGGGACCAGAUGGGGUCAACAGCAUGGACGACCAGGGGAUGACACCUCUGAUGUAUGCCUGCGCAGCUGGAGAUGAGGCCUUAGUCCAGAUGUUGAUCGAUGCCGGGGCCAACCUUGACGUAGCGGUUCCACCAUGCUCCCCAAAACACCCCUCUGUGCAUCCUGACAGUCGCCACUGGGCAGCCCUGACCUUCGCUGUGCUGCAUGGACACAUCUCCGUAGUGCAGCUCCUGUUGGAUGCCGGGGCCAAUGUGGAGGGGGCCGCGGUCCGCAAUGGACAGGAGAGUACAGCAGACACCCCAUUGCAGCUGGCUUCAGCAGCAGGCAACUAUGAGAUGGUGAGCUUGCUCCUGGCACGUGGCGCAGACCCCUUAUCAAAGACCCAUGAUGGAAACGCCCUGACGUCAUCCCUCUAUGAAGACAUGAACUGCUUCAGUCAUGCUGCUGCACAUGGACACAGGAACGUGCUGAGAAAGCUACUGACUCAGCCCCAGCAAGUCAAAGAGGAUGUCCUGUCUCUGGAGGAGAUCUUAGCUGAGGGGGUGGAGGGUGAGGAGGCCGGGAUCUGCCCUUUCCUCCCUCUCUCCCCGCUCCCCACUCCUUCCUCUGGCCCUGGGGCCCUGCCAGAGGUGGGCAUAGCAAGGCUCUGCAAGGCCAGGAUGAAGGCUCUGCAAGAGGCCAGCUACUACAGCGCUGAGCAUGGCUACCUGGAUGUCACCAUGGAGCUACGAGCUAUGGGUGUACCAUGGAAACUACACGUGUGGCUAGAAUCUCUGCGUUGUGCCCAGCAGCAGUCCAGGGCAGGGGUCACCCUUUCACUCCUCAGAGAGUUCACCACAAUCAGAGAGGAGGACUACUGCGAGGAGCUGGUCACCAUAGGCCUGCCCCUUAUGUUCAAUGUCUUACGCACUACCAAGAAUGAUGCCAUUAUACAGCAGUUGGCGGCUAUUUUUAGUCACUGUUUUGGCCCCGCACCUCUGCCAGCCGUCCCUGAGAUGAAGGCAACUCUUUCAGCACAGUUGGACCCUCAUUUCCUGAAUAACAAGGAGAUGUCAGAUGUGAUAUUUGUGGUGGAGGGGAAACCAUUCUACGGCCACAGAGUCUUGCUAAUCACAGCUUCUGACAGAUUCAAGUCUUUGCUGGCAUCCUCUGGACCAGAUGGAAGUCCCAACAAGGAGAUUGAGAUCAGUGACGUCAAGUACAACAUCUUCCAGAUAAUGAUGUCAUACCUGUACUGUGGAGGAACAGAGUCGCUGAAAACUAAUGUUCCUGACUUGCUGGAGUUGUUGUCCGCUGCUAGUCUGUUCCAGCUGGGGGUGCUACAAAGACACUGUGAACUCAUCUGCUCUCAGAACAUAAGCCUGGAUAAUGCAGUCAGCAUCUACAAGACAGCCAAGGCCCAUGGUUCAGUGGAACUGAGCUCAUUCUGUGAAGGUUACUUCUUGCAGCAUAUGCCUGCUCUACUGGAGAGAGAGGGCUUCAAGAACCUGCUGUUGGGACCUCCCGGGGCCCGACAAGGGAACAUCUCCACUUCUGCGCUGGUUCACAGCCGGGUAGACUCACCUCUGGAGGAGCUGGAGGCCACCCUGGCUCAACGACUACGCUCUCUCCACGUCACCUCCCGAGUCUGAGGACAACAGGACAGGACAGAAAUAAGCAGAAGAAUGUGGCAGUUGGAGUGGAAGUUUCAUCUUAUCACUGAUACAGGAUCAGCUGUCUAGAAGCUGUCAAAAUAGAUUACAGAUGUCUUCUUAUCUGAUCAUAUCUCUGGUAACAAGCAACUUCCACAGUGCUUUGACACUGGGACACAGAUCAGUGAGUUAUUUGGCAGCCGUUAAGACUUUGUUCUGUGGACAACUCAGUGUUUCAUAUUUAGUGCCAAGCACUCCAUCUUGACAUUUAUUGCAGUGUACAGCAUGUUUAUGAGGAAGAAAAUUGGACAAUGUGAUGCUUUUUCUCCAAGGCUCGGGAAGCUUAAAUGGAGAAGCAACAGAUGGAUGCAACAGGUUGGAACUCUGAAUUAUGAAACACUGCUGCCCUCUAAUGGACAAAACUGGCAAAGUAAAUAAGUGCCACAGAGGAUUGGGAUCAAUGGCACCUUCCUGGUUCUGACUGAAGCUAUGUAAAGGGACUAUAGACUGAAGCAUAUAUUGAAGAAUCAAGUGAGGUGGCCAUGCUGGAUUUGUGGCUUUAUCCCAUUUAACCUAAUAAUGCAGAGUGGGAGGAAGUAGACUCAGUGCCUCCAGCAUCGAUGUAAACUUUGGAUUAACAAAUGUACUUUUUAUGUAACUGUAUGUUUUUAUUUUCUAUUUUUAAAAUGGCCGCAGAAUCAAAACACUUACUGAAGAAUGGGAUGGACAUUUUCUAUUUAAUGAGAAAAAAAGAUGUGCAAGUAUUUAUCGGGGUGUUCCCUUUUUAUUGUUUUUUUUUUUAAUCCAAGCUAAUUAUUAAUAUAAUUGUUGAAAAGUUGCUUUUGUGUAGCUGUUGUUUUUUUCCAGGUACACUCUAACAGUUAAUUAAGCUUAUGUAUGCUGAGGUUUAAUGCUUCUACACAGGUACAGCAGCAGAAUCCAACAUGGGAUUUGGAAUACAUAGUCUGUUUUAAUGCUGAAUAUUGUAAUAAACCUGGCAAACGAGCCUUGUCAUUUG